AUGGGAGAUAUUGAGAGAGAUAAUAACUGGCCAAAAUUUCGCCCGAUUAUCUUUCACGAUAUUGAAGUUGAUAUCGAUGAAUCUGUUCAACGAAAACUCGCAAAGCGUUCAUAUAAUUUAUGGAAAUUCCAAUAUAUCACGCUUGUUGCGAAUCUGUUAGCAGUAUGCGCAAUGGCAGUUGCAAAUAUCGGCGGAAAAAUUGGGAUAAUAAUCGCAAUAGUCUUCUUAGUGUUCUACCCGAUGUUCGAUUUCGUUGGUCGUCAUCUUCGCUUAUAUCACGGUUUACGCAACGACAACGUUACCAGUCUUCGUUUGUUUUUCCUCGCGCAGUCCAUUGACAUUCUUUUCGAAAUCUUUAUUAUAAUCGGCGUAUUUCUCGGUGGUGGUGGUGGUCUAAUUGGAAUGUCAGAAUGCUUUAAAAAGAGCAAAUACUGUGCUGGCACUCUUUCGGCCAUUUGUGUUUUCUUGGUAUCUAUCCUGUUGGCGUAUAAGAUAAAGUUGUCGUAUGAUGUCAAGCGGUUUAUGAAUAAUCGCGGUUGGAAUGUUUUGCCUGGUGGUGGUGCAAAGAAUGGUUGA